CGGUGGUGUCAUUAUGAAGAGUUUGGCUAGCAAAAUAAUGACAAGUUAUCUAACUGUUCUUGUACUCUUGGUCCUGUUGCAUGAUUAUCAAGUGACGGGAAGAUGUACUGAAGGCACUGAGACUAAAGAAAUCGACUCAAAUUGGUCUGCCUGUCUCGUGGCUGAAAAUAACGAGGAGGAUGGAAAUUGUCCACAUGGAUUUCAAAAAAUCAAAACUGAAAAACAAUGUGGACGUUUUUUUCUUUUUCCACCUAAAAGAGAAUACAAGAACUUGGUGUGUUGUGUGAUUUCACCAACCWUCGAUCUAAAGAUCAUACAGUCCGCAUGCGUGGCGGGACGUGAUAAACCGAAAUGAGAAAUUUCAUCACCUGACAGAGCUAAACAUAAUAGUGAUAACGCUGAUAUUARURAUAAURAUAAUUGAAUUCUUAAGCUUUUGAUCAGUACAAGUCCAUAAAAUAUCCUCUAUAUGUAUAAUGCAUGGGAGUUUUCUCCUAUAAAGCAAUGUCAUAUUCGUUCAGAAUUCGAUCUUUCGUUACUGGAACCAAAGCAGUUGUUCUUGGGUGCGAAGCUAUAGCAAAACUAGCAAAACGUUCUUCGAUAUCGAAACAAAAUUCCAACCUGAUAAUAGAACCGCCCAUGCAGAAAGCUAGAAUAAAGGCCGGACGAAUUGAUUUUUAAGGGGAGUCGGGAUGGUUAGGCAGCUUUUUGCUGACUUUCUUAGAGCAAAUAUUAACCUCUGCGAAAGUACAUGCCAAAAGUAUUAAACAGAUAAGCUUUUCACAGCUUUUUCUUCGGUCUUAGUGCAAGAUAUUUUUGUUUUCGUCCCCAUCAAUGGCAUUGCUCCGAAGUCCCAUUUGAUUGCUUCACAUGUAUCACAAGCUCACGGUAUUUUUGUGGUUUCUACAUGUGUGUUGUGUUUAGGUGAAGUAUUAGGACAUUUGCUUCAAUAAUGAGUGAUUWAUAGCUGGUGUUCCCCAGCGUUCUAAGAAGAGGGGAAGUAUAGGGGAAAGUAGCACAGUAACCCGAUCUCAGCAUGACAAGCCGCAACGAACUGAAGCAAAUGGYCUGACACUUCACAGAAUUGAAAGAAAAACACAACACAGAGAUAGAGAUGUUAAUUUCUAUUGAAAUUUAUAUAUUUACAAAAAAAUUGCUACAAACCACACAAAUACCWUGCUUAUGGGUACUGUGAUUGCUGUAGCCUGAGUUCAUCCAUCGUUUACUCGUAAAAWAAAAUUGAAAAUAAACCRGAUGUACGCAGGCUAUGAUUGCUGGAGCAUCAGGAGAAUCRGUUAUAAGACCCUAAACAUAAUCUUUGAUUGAUAAUUAUUUUAGAAACUAAGCACUAAUAAUGUAAAAUUAAAAUGCAAAUUAUCUUCAAUGAAAAGAUCAAACAAGAAGAGUAAAAAUU